AUAGAACCUAUCACUUUAAAUCUUCAAUCUCUGGUACAGCAGAGAUCAUAUACUGUUAGUUAGUGGAGCGACGGAUAUAUCACCACAUACACCUAGGAUAUAUUUCUAAACAGUUUACAGCCGGUUACUCCUAGAAAUUUAUUACAAAUAAUUCUGUCUACAUAGAUAGGUCUUUCAUAAGCACUUAAUAUUGUUUACCAAAGAAAUGGUGAUGGAGAAGCCAAGUCCCCUGCUUGUAGGGCGGGAGUUUGUGAGGCAGUAUUACACACUCUUAAACAAGGCACCAGAUUUCCUGCACAGGUUCUAUGGGAGGAAUUCUUCCUAUGUUCAUGGAGGACUCGACCCAAGUGGGAAGCUGGCAGAAGCGGUUUAUGGACAAGCGGAAAUCCACAAGAAGGUCAUGUCCCUGCAGUUCAGUGAAUGCCACACAAAGAUCAGGCACGUGGAUGCUCAUGCUACACUGAGUGAUGGAGUGGUGGUGCAAGUCCUCGGAGAACUGUCCAACAAUGGUCAGCCAAUGAGGAAGUUCAUGCAGACUUUUGUGCUUGCUCCAGAGGGUUCGGUGGCAAACAAGUUCUAUGUCCACAAUGACAUCUUCCGUUACGAGGAUGAGGUCUUUGGAGACUCUGAAGCUGAGCUUGAUGAGGAAUCAGAGGAGGAAGUUGAGGAGGAGCCAGAGGAGAGGCAGCCGUCCCCUGAACCACUUCAAGAAAGCCCCAACAGCACCACCUAUUACGAACCCCACCCUGUCACUAACGGAGUAGAGGAGCCCAUGGAGGAGCCAGCUCCAGAACCCGAGCCGGAGCCUGAACCUGAGCCCAAAGUAGAGGAGAUAAAGCCUGAAGUAGACGAGAAGGUUCUGGAAGAGAUGGAGGAGAAAGCACCGUCACCGGUCCCUGUGGAGUCCCCACCAAACACACAGGAGCCUCCCAAGACAUUCUCGUGGGCCUCGGUUACCAGUAAAAACCUGCCUCCUAGCGGCACAGUCACCUCCUCUGGAAUGUCACCCCAUGUUGUUAAAGUUCCAAGCUCACAGCCCAGAGUUGAAGCCAAGACGGAGACACAGACAGCACCACUACGGCCCAGAGACCAGCGCACACGGGACAGACCAGCCUUCACUCCGCGGGGUCCCAGGCCUGAUGGUGUUGCAUCUUCGGAGUCACAGACGGGAAAACCACACUUGAGUUUUGUUAACAAAGGUGGCAGGGGAGAAACUGAAUCCGGUGAAAUGGACAGCAGGCGGAUCGUUCGGUACCCAGACAGUCACCAGCUUUUUGUUGGCAACCUCCCACAUGACAUCGACGAGAGCGAGCUCAAAGAGUUCUUCAUGACAUAUGGAAAUGUUGUGGAGCUGCGGAUUAACACCAAGGGCGUCGGUGGGAAGCUUCCCAACUUUGGAUUUGUGGUCUUUGACGACUCUGAUCCUGUUCAAAGAAUCCUGGGGGCCAAGGUAGAAGGGCCCAUCAUGUUCCGAGGUGAGGUGCGUCUGAAUGUGGAAGAGAAGAAGACGAGGGCGGUGCGUGAACGAGAGACCCGCGGCGGAGGAGAGGAGCGCCGGGACAUGAGGCGCAACGACCGAGGCCCUGGAGGUUCGAGAAGCAUCGUGGGAAGCGGAAUGAUGCGAGAACGCGACGGGAGGGGACCACCACCUCGAGGCGGGAUGGCCCCCAAACCUGGCAUGGGCUCUGGAAGAGGCUCCGGCGGCCAGGGAGAGGGUCGCUUCACAACCCAGCGCCGCUGAGAAGAGCACCACCUGCAGUGUGGAAGUAGUUCCGUGUUCUUCAUCUUCAACCGUUCUCGUUAACGAAAAGAAAUCUUCAUGUAUAAACGUAUAUAUUUGUUUUUUGUUUUAUUUUUUAUUUUUUGUUCCCUCUUUGCUUUGGAAUGUGACAGCCUGUCAACCUUUGUUUGUGAAAUAGACAAAACAUAAUAAGCAAACAAAAAAAUUUCGCUUAUUAGUUGUGAGCUGAGCAUCCUUUUUCGGGUAUCUCAAGAAUUCACAAACUUUAAUUUGUAAAUUCGUGAAAAAAGGCGAACCAACCAGGAGUAAUCUGCCACAUUAGGAGGGACUGAUGAGACUUUUAACUACGAUAAUACAGCCCAUCAUUUGGAAAAGAGAUUAUAUGCCUUGACUUAACUGGGGCGCUGCUUCACGAAAUCCCUCUAUUGCACAUUUUAUAUGGUAGUUUUCUGCCCGUUACUGUUGGAAAAGAGUGAGAUGCAAAAUUUGUGCAGUUCCAGGGGAAAAGCUUGCCUUUUACUUUUUUCCUUUUGAGAGACCACUGCUUCAAAAUUGCAUAAUGCACUCAUCAAUAUGCACUAAUGGGUACUUUUGUCGUAUUACAUUGACAUCCAUGCUCGGAACGCAGCUGGAGAGACCUGUUUUGUCUCAAAGCGAUACGACUUUCCGGGGCAGGCCUCGCUCACAGCCGGUCUGCUGUGACCAAUGUACUUUUCACACUUUUGACCCAAAACUACGCUUCAAUUACUGCUGGAUGGACAAGAUGACAAGCAAAUCUACAUUAUAUUUUUCCUCAUUUAUAAAUCGACUUAAAAAAAACAACAAAAAAAAGCUCAAAUCCUGGACUUUCACCAAAUGAGUGGGGGGACAAAGGAUAAACAAGAAACAAAGUUGAACAAUAGAAGAGUGGUGGUAACGAUGGCGGCUCGCUCUGUUUUUUUGUUUUUUUUUUUCCUUUCUUUUCCUUUUUGAUUCCAAGUUUGCUUUUCUCCAUGUUUUUCCCUGCCAGCUAGACCGCGAAACUGGGACGGACGACACCUUCCCUCCCUCUUCCCUCCCUUCCUCUCUAAGUGCGGAGUAACAGAAUAAAUGUACAGCAAAAAUCAUAGUUUACUGUAUGUUUUGUUUUCUGUGUAUAUUUUAAUUUCUCUCUCGACUUGAUAAAAGCAUGAAUGGUGCCUUCUAUUUCACCUUUUCCAGUCUUACUGAAGCGGUUCGGGGCGUUCAGCCUCCUAAUACGGAGCUGCUCAUUUGGGACUCUUAUGUUUGGGAGCAGAUAGGAAAAAAAAUUGCAGUAUUCACGAGUUAUUUCAGGUGCAUAUUUCAUUUUUUCCAUACUGUUUUACUACCUAAGAUGAUCUGCUGUGAGUUUUGUACAUUUGUUUUGUAUUGUGUCUGUUCUGGGUUUUGUAGAGACAGUAGGUGCCUCCAGUUCUGUUUGAUGUUAAAUGGUUAAGAGGUACAUCUGAGAACAACCCCCCCCCCCACAAAAAAAGGUACAUUAAAGAUGGUGGCAGUGAAAUGCUUGCUCCGUGGUUUCACAAGUCAUAGCUCUACACAACUGUGAUUUCAGAGGACUUAAGUUUUCAGUUUGGAAAGAGUUAAACGUCUCACAAUGUGAUUGAGAUUCUGUUGAUCCUUAUGUUCAGGCUGACCAUGGCUUUUGCAGCACUCGGGUUAAUCGCUGGACUCAAAAGUUGUCAGACUGUUCUUCUCUCGGCAACAAUUUUGUAAUGACCUGUGUGGGCAGGCUGGCCGUACUUCCAGCCCUACAGACUAGCAAAUAAUUGUGCUCACUUUUUUCUAGCCAUUUAUGCAUUUGUAUUUUCAUAUGCUGAUUAUUCAUUGUGCUUAUUUUAUUUUCAUUUUUUCCAUUCAAGGCAAGUGUGAUCAGGUUGCCAUACUAGUAGUCUCCCUCUGGUCCUCUGUUUUCUUUUGUACCACUCGGCAGGGAGGGAAGACCUUUUGGUUUCAGCUGGAAAGGAAAACAUGACAAACAUGAGAUGUUAAUUUUUUUUAUUUUUUUAUUUUUUUUUGUUAAUCUUGCACUGAAAUGGGAAAUGAUAUCGAUGUAGCAUUUUUCUGGACAAAUAUACUAAUGAGGUCUUCCUUGUCUGGUGGUAUUGCACUAUUUACAACAUUUCUGGGACAAUCUGUCAUUUUGAACACAGACUCCAAAUUUCUCAUCUGGCAGUGAAAAAAGAAAAUAUUAGUGCUCAGCAUGAUAUUAUAUUCUCUCUCUUUUGCAGCUAAAAAGAUUUGAUGUAUAGACUCGGCAUAUUUUAGUUAGUUUCCCACAGAAAUGCUCGGCUACUCUCCCCUCGUAGUUGAGUUCAGUAGUUUUCAAUAGAGAGACUCUUAAUUUGUUACCAUCAGUCGUUGACCUAAAGUCACAGAAAAAUCACAGCUGUUUGGUCCUUGAGUGUUUUAAACAGACGGUUUCUCACGGAUGCCUCUACCACGAAUGUUUAUUUGUCAGGUAAUUGCUUAACUUGAGCACUUGACUGCAAUCAUACUUUUUACAGCAAUGGUCAGUGAAGAGGGUGAUGAAGAAGAGCCAUCAUGCUUUCAGACCAAUUUGUGCUUUUUACAUUGAAGUGGUGGUAAAAACGUUUGAGGAUCUAAAUUUACAGUUGGGUAGUUUAUUCUUUUUCACUGAGGUUUUUGACGACCCAAACCCUUUUCCAAACGUUUAAGGAUCCUCAAAAGAAAAAAGAAGAAGCUGUAAAUUAAUUUUCCUGUGGUUGAAAAUGCAGUAGAGUGGAUCCUCAUUGUGAAUCAUUCCAGUCCUUUUUGAAUGGAAAUAGAAGUACCUUCUUGGCUUUAGCAGGUGUGGUAAACCAUUGGCUGCCAUCUUAAUUUUACUGUGUUUACCCUUUACUUGUUGCUAGUACAAAAGUGUUGCAGGUGGAGAAUCUUUUUAUUUUUUCUUUUGUUCUUUUUUCCUUUCUAUUUUGAAUGUGUUGGACUUAACAUACAAUAAACUACUGAUAUCAGCACCACUCA